CGUCAGCAAGGCAUUGGUGGCAAAACCAUGAGGGUUUUCUUCAACAGCAUCUUCCGCUAGAAUAUACACCUUGUUCGUAGUGAUGUAGAUGCACCUGUGAUUCAUGUGCUAUCUUUCUCAGGAAUGUCCUUCGCCGUUAAAGAAGGAACCGCUGCUAAGAUAGUGCAACGUUCUUUUCAACAUGACAACAACCUGAUAUACUUCGCAUUCCUAAUAACCAAAAGCUAAUUCUCUCCGGAAUCCCAAGCCCUCAAAGCCUCUUUCCAUUCUCUCUUUCGAGGUAGCCAAAUUUCAAGUGAGCUUGUGUAGAAGCUUGAUCAAGAAUAAGCAUAGAACCAAGCCGGAACGUACAGUGGAAUGCUUGAUAUUGAAGUAAAAGGCGAGGACAUAUCUUACAUAGGCUUUAUGUUACUUGAAAAACCAAUGAACGGACCUGUGUAGCCUUAGUCUAGAGACGAAAUAAUAGUCACGUCGAGGGAUACAUAUUUACUACUGUGCCUCUGCUCCCGACUCUUCCGAUCAAUAAUCCAGCCUCGUCUAGCUAUAUUAAAGCGAGAUGAUCCCCAGAUAAUCUACUUCACAGAUGCUUAGGGGGUAGAAUUCAGGUUUAUUGUCAUCUUAUGUCAGAAUCGCCUCUGAUAUCAUUUCUGCCCGCCAAAUCUAAUGAGAUAUUGAACUGGUCGGUAAACUGCAUCAGUGCAAUCCAAUGAUGACCGUAGUAAAGGGACAUUUGGCACAUAAGGCAGCAUCCUCAAGCACAGAACAGCCUUGUUGGUACAGGUACAAAUAGCCGGAAUCAGCUCAUUAUCUUAACACGCAUUUCAAUCAUCAGAAAAGCAAUAUAAGUGACCUCAAUCUACCAAGAUGGGAUACAUGAACCAGCCAAAAUUCAUGAUGCUCUACACCUACGCCUUAGGAAGUGACUUUCAGAGUCCAGACAGUGAGCCAGCGGCAUGGGCUCCAGGACAUCCCUUUCGUCAGGGUCAAGAACUUGAUAAAAUUCACCUUGGGGGGAGUAGGGUUGUCCCUGUCCUUGAGUCCCGAUGGUCGAUUCCUUGCGCUCGGAGUAGAAAAGCACAUCCACGUCUAUUCUACCUUCACACGGGAACAUGUAGAGACCCUGGCAGGGCAUCUAGAUGACGUGUGGCAGGUGUUUUUUCGCUCUAAGUAUGAUCGGAUGAGGACUAUACACACUUGUCUCUCCUGCAGAGGGCUCGAUCGUGGUCUGGGAUCUUGACAGGGACGGGAAGAAUGUGUCUGCAGAGAAGAAUGAGCACAGAGUAGAUAUCGACACUCUUUCAGCCAGGGUAGCGGACACCGCUAUAUCCAAGCUUGUGGCUGAUCACGGCUGGAAACUAGGUGGAGAAGGGACCAA